GAACACAUUGCACAAACACGAUUCUCAGGCUGUUGUCCAACAUGGCUGAAGCUGUCAAGGAACCGCUGUAUUUUGAUCAAAGUAUAGACGAAAGCAAGAUAGAAUCGGCUGGAUUUGAAGCCCUGAAAAAGGUGCGACCACAGUGGGAUCCGACAGGUGUAAAAUCAAAGGUUUUAAGUGGUGGAAUUACUAAUAAGUUAGUGUGUUUUUAUGAAGAUGGAAAAUUUGGGGAAGACACAAUUGUUAUCAGAGUUUAUGGACAAAAAACUGAUUUGAUCAUUGACCGAGAUUCCGAGAAGAAAAACAUGAUUGUCUUAUCAAAGGAAGACAUUUGUCCACCCUUGUAUGCUGUCUUCAAAAAUGCUCUAAUGUACGGAUUUGCUUCUGGUCAAGUUCUGGACGAGAAGACAGUUCGGGAUACACAUAUUGGAAAGUUAGUUGCAAAAGAACUGGUGAAACUCCAGCUGGUGAAAUCCUCCGAGAGAACUGAUGGAUCAAAGCCAAGGAGUGAAUUGUUUGAUAAACUUGAUGAUUGGAUCAGUAAAAUGCCAGAAAAGUUUGAUGAUCCAGUAAAACAAGAAAAAUUCUCAAGGCAUAUAAAACCACGGUCAGUACUGCAGAGUGAGGUAGCUAUACUAAAGGAACACCUUGGAGCCAUGGAAUGUCCGAUUGUGUAUGCCCACAAUGACCUCCUGGUGGGAAAUGUGAUAUUCAACGAAAAAUCUGACAAAGUGACCUUCAUCGACCAUGAGUAUGGAAUGUUUAACUAUCAGCCCUUUGACAUUGGGAAUCACUUCUGCGAGUUUGCAGGGAUAGAGGAAGUGGACUACAAUCUCUACCCAGACAAGGAAUUCCAGAUGGGAUGGCUUCGUUCCUAUCUACAGGCCUGGAACCAGGCACAGGGCAAAUCAACUGAUGUACCACAGUCGGAACUAGAAACAUUUUAUGUUUACGUCAACAAAUGUGCCGUGACUGCGCAUUUCUUCUGGGGAGUUUGGGCCAUCAUACAAUCCAAGUAUUCUACCAUUGAUUUUGAUUACCUCGAGUAUGCUGUGAUACGAUUUGGUGAAUACUUCAGAAGAAAAGAGGAAUUUCUAUCAUUAGAAGUACCAAGCAAAUAAAUGGAUUUUCCUGAAGAUUUGGUGGAUGGUUGAUCAAGAUGCUUUGGGAUGGAAUCCAAUGCACUACCUCACUUGCUUGGCAGAUAAUUCUAGGAGACACACUGUUAGAUUAUACUUCUAUAAUGACAUUUUAUUAUAUGCUCAAUUGUAGUUUUUUAUUGAAAUAUAUUUUUUAACUCACAGAGUAUUGGGACAGCAUCAAUGAUUUUUUGUGCCUAUAUUUCCAUUUGAUAACCAUCUUUAGGUGAAG